AUGGAGGAUUUCAAAGAAAUUGAGGUGAGGAUCACGGUAGAUCUCUUUUCAUUUUUCCUCUGCAGGGCUUGCUCGAGAGUGCCCGGCCCGACGAUGAGAACGCGACGACGCUGCAGAACAUCCGAAAGUACGCGAAGCUCGCCCUCCCGCACAUCGUCCUCGUCGUCUGUGUGUGCAUCUAUGCAACGAUCGGAGCAUGGAUCUUCUACACACUCGAGUCGCCCAACGAGGACAGGGUUUGUCUCUUUGAAUGAAUCUGGGGAAGAGAGAUAAAAGUUGCAGUUGAAAGAGACGGGCAGGAAGACGAUAGCCGAGAUGCGCAGCAAUCUGAUCUUCAAGAUAAACAACAACGAGGAAGACGAUUGGAAGCACGACAUCGAGCAAGAACUCAUGAAUUAUAGCGAAAAGUUGUACAAGGCAUUCAAAGAGCAAUAUGUUAGGUGAGUUUGCGAAUGUACUAUCGAGCUAUUUCAAGAAUUCAGGUACUCGGAUGUUCGAAAUAUAGGCUAUGAUACUCGGAUGAGCAGCGAAGAAACCGAUGAAGUUGGAGGGGAUAACGAACGGAAAAGGAGGCACAGACACGGAAAGAAUCGGGGCGAGAAGGGAUCGGAGAAGAUGUGGACGGCCAGCAGUGCACUGUUCUUCGCGGCAACGACAAUGGCCACGAUAGGGUACGGUAACAUCGUGCCGGUGACGCCCCUCGGCCGACUCGCCUGCGUUCUCUUCGCUCUCUUCGGUGCUCCGAUCGCCAUCAUCACCAUUGGAGGUGAGCAUCUUUGCGAUUCAUCGAACUCCAAAAUAAUUCAAACUUUCAGAUCUCGGAAAGUUUCUGUCUGAAUGCACAAUUUGGCUGUACAAACACAUGAGGAAAGGAAGUAUGCGGUUCGAGUCGGCAUGGAAACGGUUUCGUGGCCUCGAGGAUAGCAUAAAUGAAGACUUGGAAAGUGCCAGUAAGAACCAGGAAUCGUCGAUUCUCGACAUGGAAAACGACGAGAUUGACAAGUCGGAAGUGCCCGUUCUUAUGGUUUUCACAAUCAUUCUGGUGAGCAUCCUCGCCCUCCUUUCAUUCCGAUUUCAACUGUUUCCCAUUUCAGUUGUACAUCGCUUUCGGCGGCAUUCUUUUUUCCAUUCUCGAGGACUGGUCGUACAUGGACGCCUUCUACUACUGUUUGUUUUCCCCCUCUUUCUUUAUUUCUGAUUGCUUUUUUUGCAGCCUUCAUCUCGCUGACAACAAUCGGUUUCGGAGACAUUGUUCCGGAGAAUCAUGAGUGAGUUUUGUUGCCAUUCGACAGCUCCCUGACAAAGCCCUUGCAGCUACAUCAUCAUAAUGCUCAUUUACCUGGGAGUCGGCCUCUCGGUCACCACAAUGUGCAUUGACCUCGCCGGUAUUCAGUACAUUCAGAAGAUCCAUUACUUCGGACGAAAGGUAUUCGAGACUCAUUUUGUUCGUUUUCUCAACUAAUACUCAUUUUCAGUUCCAAGGAACCGACCUCCUACAAUAUCUGAAAAAGAAGAGAAUGUUGGAAAGGAGGUUGGCAAUGGGCCAAGGAGAAGAGAUUCUGAGAAAGUACGUGCAUGCGGUGGAGAAGUUCGAACGGGAGCAGGAGCAAAUGCAACAGCGGAUGGAGGAAGUGCCGCCGUCGAUCGAGUCCAAGUCCUUCCACAACAGCAUGAUGAGGUGCGCCUUCCGAAUGACCCUAUCAAAUCCGUCGUAUUCAGAAUCGACGACUCACUCUCCGCUUUCCAACUUCGAUUCUACGACACGUACGACGAGGAAGACUUCUUCUCUCCGACCAUCCAUUCAGUUCGAAGUUUCCAGCCGAGCGUCUGGAGUAAUUCCUCAGCAAGAUCACAGUGAGCACACGUCUCCAGGCCUCUUCAUCAAACGUUUUUUCAGAUGCUACUCUCGUUUCCAAAGGAAUCGAGGAGCGAGUUGGGACGAGUCCGGUCCGUCCCUCUCCGAACAUUGCUCACUUUCAACCGAACCUUCAGUACAUAUCAGACAAGUUCGUUCUUUUCAUCCUUGCCUUUUCUUCAUGAAUUCACAUUCAGGCCUACUGGGAUAAUUAUCAUUCGCCGACACCGUCAGUAAUAUCAUUUUUACACCGUCACUUAUACUCACCUUCUGUAGCUUCAUCCAUAUCAUUUGAUUACGAUUCUUUGGGUGAGUCUUUCGCGAAUUCCCAGCAGAUCAUAGCUGCUUUUACAGCGAAAGACGCCAAAUCAGCGCGACGGAGUAAUUCGUGUCCUCCGAUCGAGAUUCCAUCGCCUCGUCCGAGCAACUCCGUAAGUGCUCCCCGUCCGUCGUCGGCUCGUUGUGGGACUCCCACCGCUAAGCAUGCUUUCAACGAGGAGCCUCUCUAUUUGGUGACUCCGCUCUCUUUCCGCCUGCCCCAGCCUUUCAUGCUUUCUAAUCUUGCUGCUAUCUGUGAUGCUUUCGAUGAUGCCGAUGCAUGCAAUAAUCUUGUGUUCGGAGCCCUCCGUGAAUCCAACCUCGCCCCCAACCACCACGACGAUGCCGACGAGCCGGUCAAGUCGUGCUCCGUGCGCCCACAACCCGUCGUCCUCCAUCCCCCGCCUCCGCCUCCCUACGUUCCAAAGCUUCUCCUCUCCCCUAAACGGUUGUCAGUCAUCGACGAGAACAAGAUGAGCACGUCUCCGGAGCCGCUGCUCAAACGGAAACACAAAGAAAGAUUGGCCCGACAGCAACAUCCUUUGCACUCUUUCGAUUGGCUCAACGUCAGUCCCAGACAGUUUCGUCCGGAACUCUGCAUCAAAGAAGAUCUGCCGAAGCUGUUCAAGUUCGUUCGGAACGCCACCAAACUCUCGUUGGAGUCGUCUCCGACUUCAACAGAAACUCUUUUGCCUGAUCUUUCCUGCGAAUCUAACCCAGAGUCUGUUGUUUUGAUCAGCCCCCGCUCGGUGAGUACGCUUUCGCUUUAGUGUCUCUUGUGCUUGUCGUCUCUUUCUUUUUCAUCGUUCUCAUUUCCUCAUUGAUCGCUCGUUUUCAGCCGAUUGGUCUUGCGUGUAUGCAGGACUGGGAUUCAUACAUUCAGAUGCUUGAGGAGGCGUCGCGGUCAUUUGAGUACCCUCCAGAAGACAUCGACGAAGAGGAUCCAUCCGAACUGGAGGAAGAGGAGCAGCAGUGCGAAGAUGAGGAUGAGAGGUAACAAUAACAUUUUACACCAGAUCUACAUGAUUUUAUUUUGCAUCCUACACUAAUUUAAACAUUGCAUCCCUUUUUGCACACCUCAGAAUUCGUUCAGAGAAUGCGUUCCCCAUCUUUUGUUGUCGGAUUAUGAAUGCCCGGAAGUGUUCACCUCUUCUGUUGUUUCCUCUCCGCGACGACAGCUCCAAACGGCGCCGCGCGUCUACCACCAGCCGCGUCCGUCUCUUUUCUCGCAGUGCUCCGUGAGCAACAACAGUUAUGAACCGCCAGAAAUCAUUCCGGAAGAAGUGCACGAGAGCAAGUUACCCAGGUAAAACAUUGACGAGAUCGACACGGUUUACCGUUUUUGAAUGAUUGAACGAAUUUAUUUAGCAGUGUUUUGAAAAAGCAUGUCACUAUUUUGGAAUGAUUAUUGCACAUGAACUAGAAGAAAGGGAAGGAUGACUAGGGUUACCGUAGAAUGAAAAUAGAACUGAAUGGAUUACGUCAUCUUUAGCACUAAAAUGAAAGGUUCAGUCCGGUGCCGUUCGAACUGCAGUCCUCUGAGUCUGAAGAAGAACCGAUGGCGAUGUACGUGGAGGAAGAGAAGCGGAUACCGCCGCAGAACGACAUCGACCUCGGUGCUUUCGAACUGGUCGAUUCAGGUCGGUGAACUACGUCUCCGUAUCAAUCUUCUCUUUCGCGUUUAGGCCUGACUCCUGAAGCAUUAUUAUCGAAAGAUGAGCCGGUGAUCUUCCACCAAAGUAUGCCGGUUCAUUCGGUCCAUCAUGACACAGUGCAAACGGAGGCAGCUCUCGCCAAUCUCAUGUCGGCUCCUUCGAGCAUGCUCACAAAUGGAAUCCCGCCGAUCAUGGUCGAAGACAAUUAUUGUUUUGUUGUGGAUGGAGAGCGUGUUCGGAUGGGAGACAUUCUCGGAGACGAUCAGUGGUGGAGGCACACGUCACGGCCCACCAAGUACUUUUAUUCGGACGACCUCCGCCAGUUUCAUCGAGUGAACUGUAUAACUGCGAAAGGAAAAGUAAUCACCGCAAAGUUGGCGACCCAGGUGAGUUUCGAACACUUUCAAAGUCAACAGGUGUACGAGAGUUCAGAUGCCGCAUCAGCCGUCCACUUCCAUGUCAGCCUCGCUUUCCCAUCAACAGUCGCUGUCCGCUUCCACGUAUGCUCCGGUGCAUCCUCAGCAUCACAGCAUGUCAAACACACCACGGUCAGUUACUAUUCCAAACAGCCGCACUCAAGUGCAUUAACAGCUCUCCAUGAAUUCUAAAUCCGUUUGUGUCAGAUCUUCGAUCUCCGGCGGAACUCAUCAAACGACGCAUACGACGCCGAGCCGGACUGCUCAUCACGACGCCAACAAAGUGCCGCUGAACAACGUCUACAAAGUGAUCAGGUUCUACUCGUUCUGGAAGACGUGCACGUCCUUCCAUCGGAUAGUCACUAUGAUCGACAAAGUGGUCGACGAGCCGUCCACGUCAUCCGGAGGCACCACUUUCAAGAAGCGACUCUUUGUCCAGUACCUUUGGAGAAACGCGAAGGCUGUCGAAAAAGCGAGAGUGCAGAAGGAGUUCGACCCUCGACGACAACGGCUUCUCCGCUUUGUCACCGAUCCGGCGGCGAGGAAAAGGUUCCAGAAGAUGUAG